AUGGAUAAGCUUGUGGCUGAACUUUCAACAACAACACCUUAUAUGAAACCAAAUUAUAACGAGAAAAAUAUUCGACGGAGAGUGUAUGAUUCCCUGAAUAUUCUUAUUGCAGCGGAUAUCAUAUCUAAGGAUGAAAACAAAGAUAUACAAUGGAGAGGCAUGCUUCAUGCUGAUGGCCCAAAUGCUUUUGAACAACUUAAGUUUCAAUACAUUGGCUUAAGAAACAAAAUUGCAAACAAGGCUGUGUAUCUACAAGAACUUGAGGAUCAAUUUAUAAGCCUGCAGAAUCUCGCUCAGUGGAAUGAGCAACUAUGUUGUUCAGGGAGGAAAGCUGCAACUUCAGAGGGUGUGUCGUUUCCUUUUAUUAUAAUCUAG